AUGAUCAGAGGAGCAGAUGAGUGGGAAGUUGAAGAGAUUGUGAAAGAGCGAAACAUCAGCCAAGGAAAGCAGUAUUUGGUCAAAUGGAAGGGAUGGCCGCAUAGCAAGAAUACUUGGGAACCAUCACGUCAUCUUACCCAUGUGAAGAAGGUCCUGAAGGCUUGGCAAAGGAAACAAUCCAACCCAGACACACACAUUCACCUCCUGCCAACACUUGAAGCUGGACAUUGGGACUACCUCAUCCAUUGCUACAAACCCAAAGACAAGCAGUUUCCAUAUCCCCAACAACUCUUUGACCCUAACAAAAAUGUCUUCAUGCCCAUUGGCUCAGUCGAUGAGGACAUCAACCCUAGAGAGGGGGUAAUGUUAUAA